CCAGGACUCGUUUGCUCCUAAUCUGGGAGAGCAGCCGGCGCGGCUCCGACCUCCCGCCACGUCCCAUCCCCGCGCCGGGCUGCGGCCGGGACCGUCCCGCGGGGCGCCGGCAGGCGGCUGCGGCUUUGGCACGGCCUCGCUGCCCUUGCUGCGGGGAAGCUGCCCCAGCCCGCCCCGGCCCGGCCCGGCCAUGUGCCGCCGUGUUUGUACACAGAUGAGCGAGGCGGGUGCCCGCAGCCAGCGCCGGCGCUAACGCAGCAGCCGCCCGCGGCCCCGCUCCCGGAGCAGCGCCGGCCUGGUGGUUCCUUGCAGCAGGACACAGGAGACCAUCAUUUGUUUCACCUUUAUUUCACAGCCCAGAGGGGGAAGAGGCGGCGCUGCCGGAGCCAGCGGCGGGCUGCUCAUCCCGAGCCCAACCAGCACCCACUGCUGCCCACCGAGGGGGAUGUGCCCACGUGGGCUCUGAGCCACCGCCGGGGCUCGACCCCAGGGCAGCUCAGCCAAAAACGUCCCUCGGAGCCUGAGCCCCGACCUGCACCAUGCUCAGCCUCAAGCUACCCCGGCUGCUCAGCAUCCACCAAGUGCCUAAGGGCUACCAGGAGCAGGGGAUCCUCUUUGGGUAUCGCCCCCCCAGAAGCUCAGCAGCUGACUGUCUCCUCAGCGUCUUCCAGAUGACAAACGAGACCCUGAACAUCUGGACACACUUUGUGCCCGCCUGGUACUUUGUGUGGACGCUGGUGGGGCGGCUGCGGGGCCCGGGGGGCCGGGAGGACCCCCACACCCAACCCCUCCUGGCCUACCUGCUGACCUGCUGCAUCUACCCACUGGCCUCCAGCUGUGCCCACACCUUCAGCACCAUGUCCACCCGCGCCCGCCACCUCUGCUACUUCUUCGACUACGCGGCUCUCAGCAUGUACAGCCUGGGCUCUGCUCUGGCAUACUCAGCCUACGCCUUCCCCACGGCCUGGCUCGGCGGCUCCUUCCACCGCUGCUACGUCCCCGUCGCCGUCUUCAACACCAUCGUCAGCACCAGCCUGUCCUGCUACUCCAGGUUCCUGGAGGUGGAGAGGCCCAGGCUCAGCAAGGCUGCCCGCACCCUGGCCUUUGUGUACCCCUACCUCUUCGACAGCAUCCCUCUCUUCUACAGGUUCUACCUGUGUGCAGUGGAGAGCUGCUCAGAGGCUGCCAUCCUGCUCCACUACAAACACACCAUCUUCGCCUUCCUCACCUGCUUCAUCUUUGCCAGCCACCUGCCAGAGAGACUUGCACCAGGACACUUUGAUUAUAUUGGGCACAGCCACCAAGUCUUCCACGUCUGCGGGAUCCUCGGCACGCACUUCCAGAUGGAGGCCAUCACCACAGACAUGGCGCAGCAGCACCAGCAGCUCCUGCACACCUCGCUCCAUCCCUCCUCCCUGCAGACUCUGGGCUCCAUGGGCAUCUGCCUGGCCAUCAACCUGGCCAUCAUCAGGCUCUGCUCCACGUCCCUGCGCCUCGUGCCAGAGCCUCUGCACAGAGACAAAGCCCACGGGCAUUAGGCUUCGGGUGCAGGUGGUGGUUAUGCUGCUCCACAGGAGAGACCCCCAAACAAUCUGUGUGUGGGGUGGGUGAGGAGGAUUUUAUUCACCUCCACUCUCUGAGGAAACCUUUCCUUAUCCUUUUCUCAAGAGGGAAGCGUAUUGCACUGGGUUUUGUACAUAGAGCUUCAGAGCAGGGACAGAUUAGGGGAUGCUUUUAAUCAACUUUGCUGUUUCCCCCACAAGAAAUAUUUAACAUAAUCCUUUCUUUUCCUGUAAAAGGGAGAUAAGUGCUAAUACUUUCCAGAGCAAUAGGCAUUCAUCAGAUCUGCCUUACAGAGGAGCUGGGGAGACAAGGGAAUGUGGGUGGCCCUGGUCAGCUGGUGACACAGAUGUCCUCUUGUCAGCAGUUCAGGCCAGUAGCCAAGACUCCUUGGCGAAGGCACGAGCAAGGCCUUUCCCAGGAGCUCCCUAACUAAGGUUUUCACCAUGAAAGUGGCUUUAUUGUGGAGAUUAAAACCUCAAGUGUGUGUGUUCCACAGCCUUACGCUAAACACAAGUGCCUGACAGAUGUGGGACUGAGACAGAGGUCUCUGACAGGUUAACUACAUCUGUUACCUGCCAAGAGUUAUUCUGCAACAACUCUCCGUGGCCAUUCCUCCUAAAUAGCUCUUUUUUUGGGUCCAAACAUCAGCUGAGCAAGAAGUGGGAGUCUGUACAGCAUAGAGAGAGAGCAGUGUUGGAUGAGAGGCAAGGGCAGCUCAGCUGUGGGGUCAAACCCUGUCCUUUCAAAGCAAUUCCAGCAUUAGAGCUGUGCUCACCCAGCAGUGGCCCUGUGCUCCAGCUCCUGCUCCUCGCUUUCCUUCCCUGCUGUGUCUGGCUUUUAGGGGCAGGAGGGGAGAGCUGGAGGUCUGAGCCUGGUCUUGGUGAGCAGCCUGUGGGGAGAGCUCAGCUGGUGGCUGCUGAGAUGGAGGCUGGAUUUACCCAAGGCCACACAGGAGGCCCAGGAGCGAGUGAUGCAAAGAUCAGUGCCAGGGAACACCAUCAAGCUCAUUGAUAAUCAUAGGGGUGUAGGAUCCCUUUGGUGUGUAACCAUCUCUAUCAAGGUCUGGCUGAUGCACUUUGGAGUGACAACACAAGGGCUCAUUUAAUAUAACGAUGGGACAGAUAAGUCAUUUGAGAAAUGGCUUUCUGCUGAAAGCUGACCGAGGUUUAUAUUUGUAUUUAUAAGCACUGGAACUGUUUAUUCAACAGGUUUAUUUCAUUA